AUGGCUGAACAGAUAGGCUUUAUUGGACUGGGAAUAAUGGGCAAACCAAUGGCCCGCAAUCUUAUGAAGGCGGGCUAUGAGCUUACCGUUUACGAUAUCGUAGGCGAACCUGUGGAAGAGUUGGCUACUGAAGGUGCAAAGCCGGCAUCUUCUGGUAAGGAUGUCGCUGCGGUCACCGACAAGAUAAUCACCAUGCUUCCUGACUCGGCCGAUUCGGAACGGGCCAUACUGGGACCAGACGGAGUGUUGGAGGGUGCCAAACCCGGGUCCAUCAUCAUUGACAUGAGCUCGAUAUCUCCGAUUAUGUCCCAGAAAAUAUCCGCAGAAUGCGCUCUCAAGGGAGUGGAAAUGCUGGACGCUCCGGUGAGCGGCGGCGAACCGGGCGCCAUUAACGGAACCCUGGCUAUUAUGGUUGGGGGCAAGCAGGAGAUUUACGACCAGUGCGUGGACCUGUUUGACAUCAUGGGGGGCACCAUCAAUCUGACCGGCGAAAUUGGAGCUGGCAAUACUACGAAGCUUGCCAAUCAGAUAAUCGUGGCCCUUAACAUCGAGGCGCUAAGCGAGGCGUUGGUGCUGGCGCAGAAAGCGGGCGUCGACCCCGAAAAGGUAUUCAAUGCCAUUCGAGGCGGGUUGGCCGGCAGCGCGGUGAUGGAAGCCAAGGCGCCCAUGAUGCUUGAUCGCAACUUCCGCGCCGGUUUCAGGAUUCGCCUUCACCAAAAGGACCUGCGCAACGUUCUGCAAGCGGCACAGGAGUUGAAUGUACCUUUGCCUGCGACGGCUCUGGUCCAGCAAAUGCUUGGUUCCCUGGUCAAUGAUGGUGACCAGGAACUGGACCACUCGGCAAUAUUGCAUUUCGUUGAAAAGCUCUCUGACAUAGAAGUCCAGCGCGGAGGCUAG